UGCUAGGACGUGCUGGGGAAUGUCUGGGUACCACUGUGGGAUGGAGAUGUGUGAGGUAUCUCCAUCCUUGUCAUUUGGACUUGUCCUGCCUUCUAGAAUGAGUAACUGCAGCAGUCGGGCAUUGACCCUACUCAGUAGCGUCUUUGGAGCGUGUGGUCUCCUUCUUGUGGGCAUUGCUGUCAGCACCGAUUACUGGCUUUAUAUGGAAGAGGGAAUUGUUCUGCCGCAGAACCAGACGACUGAAGUAAAGAUGGCUCUUCAUGCUGGACUUUGGAGGGUGUGCUUUGUUGCAGGUCGAGAGAAGGGUAGGUGUGUUGCAUCAGAAUUUUUCCAUGGGCCGGAUACAGAUAUUGUAACGGAAAAUACUGCGAACAUACUUAAAACCAUCCGCAGUGCCACUCCUUUUCCCAUGGUCAGUCUGUUUCUUGUAUUUACUGCCUUUGUAAUCAGUAAUAUUGGACAUAUUCGGCCACAGAGGACAAUACUGGCUUUUGUUUCUGGAAUCUUCUUUAUUCUCUCUGGUCUUUCUUUGGUGGUCGGAUUAGUCCUUUAUAUCUCAAGUAUCAAUGAUGAAGUCAUGAACCGUCCCAGUAGUUCAGAGCAAUACUUUCAUUAUCGCUAUGGUUGGUCUUUUGCAUUUGCUGCAUCUUCAUUUCUCCUUAAAGAGGGUGCUGGUGUAAUGUCAGUAUAUCUCUUCACCAAACGUUACGCUGAAGAAGAGAUGUAUCGUCCUCACCCUGCCUUCUACCGUCCACGACUUAGCGACUGCUCAGACUACUCAGGUCAGUUCCUGCAUCCGGAAGUAUGGCACCGUGGUCGAAGCCCUUCUGACAUCUCCAGUGAUGUGUCAAUUCAGAUGACUCAGAACUAUCCUCCAGCUAUCAAGUAUCCAGACCACAUACACAUUUCUACUUCACCUUGCUAAAGGUGGGGCCUGUUUCAAACUUUUUGGAAGUUGCUAAGCAUCGUCCUAGGUUAAAAUUCACAAUUUGACCUGUUUCAUCAGAUACAGCAUAUUGUGGAUCCUAAAAUGUAAACUAUUGCUUCCAAGAGUCCGGAACGUUAUAGCUCCUCUUUUCUUUUAAUCCAUUUUUUUAGUUAUGCUAUACUUUUUACUGACAGUCAGAACUCUUGUUUGAUUCUACUGAAUUUAUUUUAAACCUUAUACAUGACUGGAUGUCAUCUCUAUUUCACUCUUUAAAAAAUCUGGCUGCAUUUAUAGCUUUUAUUACACAUGCUUCUACAACUAAGAAGCUACGUUAUUCAUUUUCAGAAGGGAUAGAUAUAUCUUGCCAAUCUAGGAAUUGUUUCUUAAUUCUAUCAAGAAACCUGUGAAUUGCAACAAACUUUUUUUUCUUCAUGAAUUACAAUGAACACAUUCAGAAUUCUCCUUUGUUCCUGAGCAAACUUUAUAUGAAGGAAACCUCAUCAGGCUCAAUUCAAAGAAAUGCCAACUCAAAGAUAAUCAGUUAAAAAGGAAAUUCAAAGACCAUAAUUCAAGGAGGACAGCAUAGCUUCAUAUAAAAUGAUGACUUGGUAAAAAUAUACUAAAAAAAUUAGCUAUUCCAUGCUGAACCUUGAACAUUCGAAAACUUUUCUCUGCCUUUCAGGAAAAAGUGACAGAUUCAGCCACUGUUAACAUCUUAUGCUUUUCAAAAAUGACUAAAUAAUUUUCUGGGAUGAUAUAAUAUAACAGUGAAAUAUAUCCUGUCUCAUGUCCUCUGGAGAAAAUGGAAAACAAAAUUAUGUUGAAGGACUACCCAUUUAUUUCCAUCUGACUUCCAUUUAAUUUUUUAUAUUUUUAUUUUCUAAUUUAAUUUCCUAUCAUGUUUCUCAGGCAGGAAUACCUAUAUCUACAUCUUUGCACACAAAUUUAAUAGUCUUCCUUAUCUUUGUACAUAUAUGUAAUUGUAUGCCACACAUCCAGAAGUCUAUGCACCUUCAGUUUACCUCCUUCCCUUGAAAUCACAUACAGAUAGACCACAAAACCUAGUGAAAAAUGGCUAGCUUGUAGUGAUGUAAAAGAAAAUUAUAGUUUUAUAUUCUAUAAGAGACUAUUCUUUGCUACCCAAUAAGUAUAAUUAUGAAUGGUAAGAAAAUUUGGCUCAUCCAAAAAUUUCCCCCAAAACAGAAUAUUUUUCACAUUUUUUUCAAAUUUUUGGCAGAAUUUAAGUAAAGAAGAUCUUAUUCAGGAAAUAGGCCAAUCAGUGAACUGCAAAAUAUAUAACUGUAUUUCAAAAAUAUUUUAUAAUAUUAUUUAUAGUUAUCUGCUGGAUGUGGAAAGUAAAACCCAAUACUUUGGUUUGUUAUUAUAUC